UUAACAAGUUUACAAUCCCCGCUAAGCCAGGAGAGCCAACACGGGAUCUUGCCGACUAAGCACCCGGGUUUCUCGCCGAGAAGGCUGCCCAAACUCUGCGAGGCCUGAGCCUCGCGGCUCUGCGCGCCCGACUCUCGGCGUGGACGCGUUCCCGCGCUUUCUGGCGUGAGGGUCAGAGGGCGCGCCGCCGCGCAGGCGCACUGAGCCGAGGCUGCGGCGGCCAUGGGGGAGGCGGGCGGCGCUGAGGAGACCUGCCGGCAUAUGGGAACCAAAGAACAAUUUGUUAAAGUCAGAAAGAAGGACCUGGAACGACUGACAACUGAAGUGAUGCAAAUACGGGACUUCUUACCCAGAAUACUAAACGGGGAAGUGCUGGAAAGCUUCCAGAAAUUAAAGAUUGUAGAAAAAAAUCUGGAAAGGAAAGAGCAAGAGUUAGAGCAACUGAGAAUGGAUUGUGAGCACUUCAAAGCCCGCCUGGAGUCUGUGCAGGAGGACAGCGUGAGAGAGAGGAAGGAGAAACUGGCUCUUCGACAGCAGCUGAAUGAAGCAAAGCAGCAACUCCUGCAGCAGGCAGAGUACUGUACAGGAAUGGGUGCAGCAGCCUGUACCAUUUUGUGGGGUGUCUCCAGCAGUGAGGAAGUGGUCAAAGCCAUUCUGGGAGGAGAUAAAGCUUUGAAGUUUUUCAACAUCACUGGUCAAACAAUGGAGAGUUUUGUGAAGUCACUGGAUGGGGAUGUCAAGGAGCUGGAUUCUGAUGAAAAUCAGUUUGUUUUUGCUUUGGCUGGAAUCGUAACAAAUGUAGCUGCCAUAGCAAGUGGUCGUGAAUUCCUGGUUAACUCAAGUCGGGUGCUCUUGGACACCAUACUGCAGCUUCUGGGAGACUUGAAGCCGGGACAGUGCACCAAACUCAAAGUAUUAAUGCUGAUGUCCCUGUACAACGUGAGCAUCAAUUUGAAAGGCUUGAAGUACAUUAGUGAGAGUCCAGGAUUCAUCCCUUUGUUGUGGUGGCUUCUGAGCGGUAAGGCUGGGCUUUACCUGUGCGUCUCCUUAUACACCUGUUCCCCUGUGGCAGGAGGAGGUC